CCUCUCCGGCUCGGUGCCGUGCUAGCUAGCAUGCUAGCAGGCUAAAGUCCUGGCUUUGUUUUCCUGGUGGCUGGCAGGCUGACCUCAGCAACAUGCGCUCUUCUUUCACCCAACGUUCCUCACACACGAUCUUCUAACGACCAAAAACUGACCGCUAACACUUGAAAAACCCCCAGGUCUGCCGCUGUGCAUUAUUUCUAGCAGGCUGGUCUGUGAUGGAACAACUUGAUGACAUUCCUAUUUGUUGCUAGGCUAGGCAUGUUCUUUCUACAUUUAACGUCAAACACACAAACGGGAAAAAGUAGCAAAAAUAUACCACGAAACUCAGUAUAACACUUCACAAGUCCGCAUGCCAACAGGAAGAAGCAGAGCAUAUUUAAUCCAACCCGGUUUUACUCUCCCAUUUCCCGUGUUUACAUGUGUAAAACUAGGGCAUGUCAACCGUUCAAAUAUUUCAUCGCGAUUAAUCUCAUUUUGUCCAUAGUUACCUCAAAAUGAAUUGCAGAUGAAAAUAUGUUUUUUUAAUGUAUAAUAAGUAGGGAACAUUUCUCUGUGGUAAACGAUAUGCAACUGCAACGAUAAUUCCGUCCAAUUUUAUGUAAAAGGAUAUCAAUUUGGGAGUUAUGGGCUAUUAUUUAAAACAAUACAGUCAGCAAGCAUAUUUUUGUAUCACUAUUUUUCUUCAUUAUUGGCAUGUUAGCUCUUAAAAUCGCCCACAAACGUUGAGCAAAUCCUAAAUGUGAGCGAGUGAGACCUCUCACACAAACAUGAUUUUGUUUAUUUGUGUCAGCUGAAAAUGGUUUUAUUUUCAUUUGAACAUGCAUCAGAUUACAAUUGAGUGCAUCACAUAAUCAGUUCACAGUUCCACUGUGAGAUAAUAAGAUUUGUUUAUUUAUGAAACUGGUUUUAAAUUAUAAAUGUUUGUCAGUAAUAAGCCAAUUUAGGAACGUUCAGAAAGGAUUAUUAUUAAAGAUUUGCCCAAAUGCACCUUUCCUUCAUGAAAUGUACAAAUAAAAAUAACUAAAACAGGGCAAUAGUCAUAAAGCAUUUCAUCCAAAUUGCAAACCUAAUGUCAUUUAAUUUAUCUUUUAAAACACAUUAAAAUACAUAGAAAUUAAUAAUUAUAUUACAAUAAAUAUUAUUUUAUUACAAUACUAUAACAAUUACUUAGAAAUCCCACAGUUUUUGAAUGUUUAAUGUGAGCCGCAAUUUGUCCUACUCUUUUGACGGUCAUUGAACGCACCCUCUACCUACUCCGAUGCAAAGAGGGCUGUAUGGAUGUAUUUGGGUGUAUUUUCCCCCCUUUUCUUUCACCUCCUAUUUGCUCCCGAAUGCUGAUACUAUGUGGGAAUGCAUAAAGGAAAGUCAUCUCUGACUAUACAGUUUGUGGAAGGACAGUUCGUCGACUCCUAUGACCCCACCAUUGAAAAUACUUUCAAUAAAAUGGUCUGCGUCAACGGGCAGGACUUCAACCUUCAGCUGGUUGACACAGCCGGACAAGACGAAUACUCCAUUUUCCCACAGUCCCACUCCAUGGAUAUCCACGGCUAUGUCCUUGUUUAUGCUGUGACUUCAAUGAAAAGUUUUGAGGUUGUUCAGGUUCUCCAUGACAAGCUGCUAGACAUGGUUGGCAAGAUUCAAGUUCCAACAGUCCUUGUUGGCAACAAAAAAGAUCUUCACAUGGAACGGGUCAUUAAGCCGGAGGAGGGAAAGAAGCUGGCUGACUCCUGGGGUGCUGCUUUCAUGGAAUCCUCAGCCAAGGAAAACGAGACCGCCGUGGAGCUCUUCAAGCAAAUCAUCCUGGAGAUGGAGAAAGCCGAUGGGAACGCACCGCCAGAGGAGAAGAAGUGUGCCGUGAUGUAAAGGUGCAUUCAGGACACAGCUGAAGUCGGGAGGCGCAGCUUCACCGGCUUGCCAGCGGCGACCCCCCACCUCCGACACAACACGGCAGCGAUACCAUCUCCACUUGUUCCAAACGAUUCCAAUAAUGAUGUCCCUAAGAAGAAGCUCUUUGAUUGAGGCAGAGGAGCACCUUUUUCUUCUUUUGAUGAUUUCAGGUGGCCAUCAUUUUAGCCAAAUGCCCAGAAAACAAACUUGCCAACAUGGAUCCCCGUGAACUGUAUCAGCAUGUAAUGCUCAUUCUCUGUCAUGCACCAUGGGGGGUGUAGCUGCGGGGUGCUGGAGUGGCAAUGUAAGGUCACGUUACAGUCAUCCCUCGCCGCACAGUGGCCCCGUCAUCAUCAUCAUCAUCAUCAUCCCUUGCGCUAUGGCUGUUUUUCAACCAUUCAUUGAUAAAUGAUCCCUGGAUAGUACUCACCAUAAAUAUGCAAAUUGAAGCUAAUUGUAUGCCCAAAUGAAGCAUGUUUAAGGAUAACAAUGGCUAAAUGAAGUCAAGUACUACUACAGUACAAGCCAGUGAGACCACCAGUCAACCUGUGAAUGUAGGGUUCUACAUUGGCCACUAGGUGGCAGUCAUUGUUGGUUAAGAGAGCAACACAUGAAAUCAUCUCAUAGACUCCAGAAGAAUACCAAGGGGCGCACCAUAAUUAUCAGACCGACUGAGGGAAUGAUCAUGUCAUACCGAUACAUAUAAUAGCUCCAAAAAAUCCUUCAAUCAAAUCAAAUGAGCCUUUUACCCCCUCCCCCCCUCUGUGACGUUGACGUCCCCUCACCUCACUUGUAAACAAACGUUGGCUUUAAGAGGAAGGAGGUUGUACCUAGUACUUCCUGAUGAGGGAGGAAAGUACAACACCAGAAACCUUAUCAGCUACCAGCGCUACCAUGUUUUGACAAUGCUAAAAGUUUGCCAGAGACCUGCCUGGCGUCACAGAGGCUGCUUGGAGCGUGUGCCCUAAUACAGUGCACCUUGCUGCCCCCCCCCCCCCCCCCCUAUAUAGUCUGCUUCUUCUGAUAGUAGUCAUAUCAUAUUUCUUCCAGUCAUCCUUACAUCUAUAUUUUUAAAAAGUUAGCAGUUACCGGUACCGUAUCGGUCUUGACAAGCAGAAAGUUAUCAGUUUGAAACCAAAGAUCUCAUACAUCAUCAACAUAAUAAUAAUAACAUGAGUUAUUGCUGCAACCAUAGCCCAUGACAAGCCGAAACUCACCUCUGAACCCCUGACAGCACUCCCGUCUGGUUCUAUCUAAUAUGUUAUAAUAUGUAAAGGUGGCUAUUCCGUGUCUGGGUGGCUCGAAUAAAGUUAAAGGAGAUUUAGAGGAUCAUAAACGGGAAAAUAUUUCACUUAGAGCAGGGGUUGGCAAACUUUUUCACUUGCGGGCCACAAUGAUUUAACAAAAUGGAUGGGGGACCAGAAUAUAUUUUACACGUAACAGUCCACCUGGAAUUAUUUUAUCUUUAAAAGUGUCAUGCUAGAUGUGCUUGUGUCCCCUUUUCAGUAGCACUUUGUAAACAGCAGACUACUUCAAAUAACAAUAUUGAUAAAACAGUUACUUCAACCAUCACAUCUUGGCCCAAGCCAUGAUGCCAGGUUGGAUGUUAAGUUUCAAUCAAAUACUUGAGAAAGAACAGGCGGGCUGUACGUGGUUCUCAGGCCGCAGUUUACCCACCCCUGACUUAGAGGAAUCCUACUUGAAGGAAGUGAACUCAUGGUGGUGGGUUGUGGAAGCGGCAGACCGCCAUGGACGAGGGAUGACCGUACAGUACUGGAAAUGUGGUGCCCCCCACGUCACAGGGGUGGAUAGCCUUCAUGAAGCACUAAUGUUGAUCACAUGACUCCACCAUAACCUCUCACGCUGUUGAUCCGUCACCCGCUCCCUUUGAGCUUUCCUGCUGAGCGGAUGACGGCCCUUCCGUCAGGCCUGCAGCUGUAUGGGGCCCUCAGAUAAACGUGGCCUCCAUUAGGAACCAGCCUAGAGCUUUGCCACUUGUGUAUUUUUCUGAGUCGUAGAAUAGAGUUUGAUAUUUUGGAUUGGGAUGGAGACGUGUAUUCUUCACACCUUUUUGAGAUUGUGGUCAUGCUGUGAAAGGACGUCAUUCACCUUUGGAUUGAAUUAUCACUGCCAGACGCUGACAAGUGGAUGCGCUCAAUAACGGAUUGUCCCCUGGCUCUUGUUGCCUUCAAGGACACACAUCUGUGGACUAUAAUCACAUUAUUCAUAGACCCCACCCCCAUGUACAGUAGUUGCUAAUGAUUGUUUUUAUCAAGUGCUUUGCUGAGUACGUUUCGUAUCUCAUGAUGAUGAAAGAUGGACGGAGGCUGCUGAUGCUGUGUCUUGUGCCUUACACAUGUUCCAAGUUGGCUCCAAACUGCUUCCCUCCAUGACCAAAGGUGCUCUUAAAGGGUUUCUACUUCUGUCUGGCAACGUGAUCCCAUUGGGUGGCGGCGUUUCAGCAACACCGACGCCCACGGUGGUCUGCGUUCAUUCAGACAUCUUGCUGUAAACAGUUUGUAUAUAAAACCUGUUACUCAUUUGAUGUCUUUUUGUCUCUCCGUUGUGAACAGGGAGCCACUGCUUCCCCACAGGACUGCCAUCUAUUUGUGGUGGCGGCUGGAUGUCUAAUGUUGAGAUUGGAUACUUGGACAUGACACAUUGGCAAAUAAAACCCACAAAAGCCAAACAUGUUUACAACUGCAAAUUGACUUUAUUCUGUCCCUUUUUCAAAUGUGACACCUGUGAGAGAAACCUAAGUACAUUAUGAUCAUAUAUACAUUCAGUAACAUUAAAAACAGCUCAGAUAACCAAUCAUAUAACAAACACUCCAGAUUACCUGCACUGUGUGGGUGAGCAAAUCAAACGCUCCUUUUCCUCCUGCUUGGCUUGCUGUAACUUCCCCUGAACUCACUUGUUAACGUUCACUUUCCAAAGAAACAAAGAAAACACGGAGGGCACCCAAAACCUUACCAGCCAUCUGAAAUGCCAGCACUGUGGCGUUUGAAAAGUGCCAAAGGUUUGCCAGGGACCUCUGUGGUGUCACACUCGGACUGUGUGCCCCAAUACAGUGCACCAGACUGGGCCACAGCAGGUGGCUCCUCCCCCUCUAUACUCUGGUUCUCCUGAUAUCAGUAAUGUCAUGACAUUUCAACAGGUACAGUUGGUCAAAUCGGAAGUGAAUAAUGCUGUCUUUUUAAAUAAAAUGACUC